AUGCCGGGCCCGGGACCCAGUUUUUUACUCAAAAUCGCUGUAUAUUGUUGUAGAUAUUAUACAACAAAUAUUUAUUAUCAUCUAAAACAAAUAUUUAUUAUCAUUCAGGACGAGCUAUAUGAUGUUGAAUUUUUUGUUGAUGAACUUGUUGACAGUCAGGGGAAUACAAUUGUAAAUAUCAGUAGAAGCACUACUUUUACUCUUUAUUCGAUGUUUUUUCGCAAUAUUAUACAAGGAAAUAAAAAAGAUAUUACAAAAAUUUCAAAUGUUUUAGAUGCUCAUUAUGAUAUUUCUCGUUAUUAUUUGGAUGGUUUAUGUAAUGAUACUAAAAUAAAGAGAAAUCAAUUAAGUUUAAAAUUUAAUGAUGCGAAUAUUGCAAUUAAUUUUGAUGGAGGUGAUUUGGCCGGAUAUAGUCAUGAUAAUAUUUGUGAAAUUGAAAUAUGGGAUUGGGAAGGAGAUGCCGAGUUACAAUUUGCAUUGCCAGUCUUUAAUAAUUAUUGCAUAUUUUUUGAUUCUUUUUUACAACAAAUAGCAUUUUCUCCAAGAAAGAAAAAAGAAAUAGAGUGGUCAUAUUGCCAUAUUUAUUAA